GCAACGAGGCGCCGAGGGGUAGAGUGCGGCCGAGGCUUUUGCUGUGAAGGGUCAGUCGACUCUAGGUUCUCUAUAAUACCUCGUUCAUCUUCACACCGCCAUCAUGCCGCCUCCUUCGAUCAAGAAGAUGAGCAGCUUCAUCAGUGACAAAGAUGAGAAAAAGAGUUGCGGCAAGACGGUGGCGAGGAUCAUGUUCUCCCACGUCGGCCUCUUCAUCCUCGUCUCGGUCUACACUGUCGUUGGAGCCUACCUCUUCAUCUCCAUCGAGAAACCGGCGGAGGAAAUGCGUUACCAGAAGAAGCGGAACGUCGCCAUGGACAUCAACGACGCCACCAAGUACAUCAUUUCCCUAUUGUGGUACCAUAACAGCCUUAACCACACGAAGGCUGAGUAUCACAGUUUGGUCAUGAAGAAUUUGGUGGUAUUUCACGAAUUUGUUGUGGCAAAAAGCGGCGACUCGGCCAUCAAAUAUGAUGGAAAUGUCAACAAGUGGGACUGGGACUGGACGCUCUCCAAGUCGCUUCUGUUCACCGUUACUAGCAUCGCUGCGAUUGGAUACGGCCACAUCGCCCCUAAGACCUUCCAAGGCCGCGUGUUCACAAUCUUCUACAACGUCAUUGGCAUUCCACUCCUCCUGGUGUUCUUAGCGAACAUUGGUGACUUCCUUGCGAAUACGUGCAGAUACCUCUACAGCCGACUGUGCUGCCGCUGGUGUAGGAUUCGCCGGAGGAUAAGCGAGCAGAAGAAAGGCAAGACCGUGGAGAAGAGGAGCCUGUGGAAGGAUGACGUUGGCUUCGAGACCUUCAUGCCCACAAAUUCGGUGGACGUGCCCAUCGUCGUGAACUUGUGCAUCAUCACCGUCUACCUGAUGCUUGGCGGCGCCCUGUUCUCGUGGUGGGAGAACUGGAACCUUCUGGAGUCCGUUUACUUCACGUUCAUCACACUCACGACCAUCGGCUUUGGCGACUACGUGCCCGGAAAUUCGUUCCUCGAUCUCUCUGAUGGCCUCAUGGCUGCCAUGAAGAUGCUGGUGACGGUGCUCUUCUGCUUGUUUGGAAUGGCACUGCUGUCCAUGUGUAUCAAUUUGAUGCAGGAGCAGCUGGUGGCCAAAUCCCGCUGGCUCGCCAGGGAGAUUGGGCUCAUCGAAGAGGAAGUUGAUCCUAUGGUUAAGUACAAGUACAAGAAGAGCAAGCGCGGCACCGUCCCCGAGACCCAGCAGGACCGCGACGGCAACAAGCGGCUCAGCCUGAUGCCGGCGUACGAGGGCGAGUCCACCACCACAAAAGCAGGAAACUUUACCAACAUCCAGGAGGAGCUGGAGGAUCUCUAAGGGGAGAGGCUUAAGAGGGUACAGAUAAGGUGGGGGGAAGAAAGGAAUUCGAUAUAGUGGAUUAUAAAGGAACAGAUAAAAGGGGUCAUGGACAUUGCUGAGGGUGAGGUAAAAGGAUGGGCGCGGAUUAAAGGUCCAAAAGAAUA